AGGUAAUUUGGUGACACCACAGAAUAAAUGGUUUUUAUCUUUUUUAUAUGUAUUCUUUAUUGACUCGCAGUUUGCACCGAAACUUUGUGAAUCAGGUUUUUGUUUGUUUUUUUACUUUGUUCUGGCAAAUGCUUAAUAGUAAAGGGGAAGCUUGUAAGAAACUGUGUAAAAGGCAUGCUAUAGCUAACUUUCCCUUUCUUUUGCCUUUCAGAAUAAUACUCAUUUCCUUUAAACCACUCCCUUCAUCUCAACAUAAGGUUUCAGUUGACUGAAAAAUAAAACUUUUUGUUUAGUCUGCAGGCACUUCAGUGUAAUCUGUUGUCACACAUGGCUUUUCUCAGGGUCCUCCUGGGUUUCUUCCUAAUUGCUGAAUCAACAGCUCUGCAGCACGAUGUGCAGGUGAAGUUUGGAGCAGACGUCACUCUUCAGUGUCAGAUUUCCACAGAUGAAAUAAUCUCAGUGCUGAAGUGGAGCAGAGCUGACCUGAACACAGACGGCUACGUCUACUUCUACAGGAACAAACGAUUCUAUGAAAACUACCAACAUCCAUCUUUUCAUGGCCGAGUAAAGCUGAGGGACCCGGAGAUGAAGGAUGGAGACGUUUCUGUGAUCCUGAAGAACGUCACGUUUAAUGACACUGGGAUGUAUGAGUGUCACAUAGCAGUGAGGAACCCUGUGAGCAGUAAAAGAGUUCACACUGAGAUCAGUCACUUCAUUGAGCUCACAGUCACAGGUGAAACACGUGACAGCAUGUUUGAGCAGCCCAUCACAGAAGGAGAACAUGGGGGUGGAAACAUGCAUUUUGUUCAAGAGGAAGAAACUCCAACUGUCCUGAUGGUUGUUCCUGCUGUUGUUGCUGCUGCUGUCCUUGUUGUUACUAUAGGUGGUUCUGUGCUACUGCGGACGUUUAAAAGAAAGAAGCAGCAGACUCCUGAGGCAACCACAGCUGAUUUGAAAUGUCCUGCUGCUAAAAUUUAGAACUGAAACCGGUUUCAUGGAGUGGAUAGCCUGUCAGCACAUCAUAAACUGCCAACUGUCUCCACCUUCAGGUUUCUGGGCUCCCACAUCUCUGCCUAUCUCACUUGGACCCACAACAGCAAUACCCUGCUAAAGAAGGCCCGACAGCGGCUACACUUUCUGCUUGUCCUCAGGAAAAACAAUCUGGACAGAAGCUGCUGCUGGCCCGUUCCCGCCCCUGAGUAGAGAGCAUGCUCUCCUACCACCUGAGUGUUUGGUACACAGGAGCCACAACUGAGAACAGGAAGGCUGGCCAGAGGGUAAUUAAUAUUGCCCAGAAACUCAUUGGCUGCCCUCUGCCACCCCUGGGGGCCAUCAUCAGCUCCUCCUAUAUCAGGAAAACCAGGGACAUCACAGGUGACCCCUUGUGCGCUCUGGUUGGUGCCACAGGUCAAUGACGUCCAACACCUCCAGACUCACUAACAGCUUCUCCCCUAGGCUGUGAGUAAACACACUGUACAUGUACAGUAACAAUAAUGGUCAAUUCUAUUCUAUUCUAUUCUCCAUUCUUAUAGCAUUAUUCAUGAUUCUCUUGCUCUUGACGGAGGUGGUGGCACUUUUCUCCUUCUCCCUCUCCCUUAUCUUUCCUGCUUGGCUUCUCGUGUCUUUUGUAUUGUCUCGCUUAUUCUCUAACCCUCAAAGAGUUUCUCAGUUUUGUUCUCUAAAACCUAAAAAAUUAUGGAUUUGAUCAUCUGGUCCCGUAAUGGA